GAGAACCCAUGACAAAAGAAUCCAAUUACAAAAAAACUGUGACUUCCACUCUCUCUCCUCACUCACUAAACUCACCCACCCAACUCAAAUUCUCCAACAAUGGCGAUAGACAGACCUACAGUAGAAAGAACAACCUUAAAAAUCUCAAACAUCCCAUUAACAGCCACAGCACAAGACCUCUUCGACUUCCUCGAAUCAACAAUUGGUAAAGCCACAAUCUUUGCUCUCGAAAUCUUCACUGACAAAAAAAACUGGAAAUCAAAAGGUCAUGGAAGAGUUCAAUUUGAAACCCUUGAUGCUAAAUCCAAAGCAACCCAACUUUCUCUUCAAAACAACCUUAAUUUCAGAGGUUUCCCACUUUCUCUCUCCUCUUCUCAUGAAGAUGUUGUGGUUAGACCCAUUGACCCAAAUCAUAGGACUAAAAUUGGGGAUUUGUAUGUGGGUUUGAUGUCAAAUGAAGAUAAUAUGUGUGUGAUUGAGACUUUUGAGAAUGUUACUUUCUGGGUUAUGCCUGAUAGAGGUUGUGUUGAAUUUCAUGUUGAGUUUGAUGAGAAAUUGUAUAAAUUGGAGGUUCAAUUUGAUGAUAUUUUUGAGGCUUUUGGGUGUUAUUUUGAUCCUCAGUCUCCUGCUAUUCUUUUUAAGCUCAAGUAUGCACCAAAAAUAUAUCAGAAGAUUUCUGGGCCCAAUUUGCGUACAAGGUUCAGCGCUGACCGCUAUCAUAUUUGCAAGGAAGAUCUUGAGUUUCUCUGGGUUCGUACUACAGAUAUUUCAAAUAAAAAGUCCAUUGGACUAUCUUCUGCCAUUUGUUGGGAAAUCGAAGAGGGGUCGAUGGGUCUAGACUUUUUCUCCACCAUUCCCUUUUACAAGAAAACUUUAAAUAGUUUCAUUUUAGAAGAAUAUGACGAUUAUUCUUCUGUCUCCGGUCUUGUUCCUCUUGUAAAGUGUGGUAACAUAUCGAAAUUGGAUUAUGAAAUCCUUUUUCAAAUCAACUCCCUAGUCCACACCCUCAAAAUUAGUCUUGCUGCUGUGACUACAGAGUUGAUCGAUUUUCUCACUACUCUGAGCCUAGACACGGCUCUUAUGGCUCUCCAAAAGUUGCAUAAGUUUAGUUCAACAUGUUAUGAGCCGCUUUCUUUUAUCAAGACUCAAGUACAGGCGUUAGAUAAUGCACGGAGUAAUAGUCUAUCAGCAAGAAGCCGCUUGAAGAACGAUAAUAUAAUGAGAUGUCAUAGGGCUCUAGUGACCCCAACAAAAAUAUGCCUCUUGGGUCCUGAACUGGAGUCUUCGAAUUAUGUUGUCAAGAACUUUGCAGCCUAUUCCUCAGAUUUCAUGAGAGUUACUUUUGUUGAUGAAGACUGGGGUAGGUUACACCCAAUCGUUGUGUCGGCCAGUACUGAGCAAGGCAUAUUCUCGAAGCCAUUUAGAACAGAUAUUUAUCACCGGAUAUUGUCUAUUCUUCGAGAAGGGAUUGUGAUCGGGAAUAAAAGGUUCGAAUUUUUGGCUUUCUCAGCAAGCCAACUCCGGUCGAAUUCUGUGUGGAUGUUUGCUUCUAAUGAUAAAGUGAAGGCAGAUGAUAUACGCGAAUGGAUGGGCAGCUUUAACAAGAUCCGCAGUGUUUCAAAAUGUGCAGCUAGGAUGGGACAAUUGUUCAGUGCGGCUCGGCAGACAAUAGUUGUUCCUGUGCAGGAUGUGGAAGUUAUUCCUGAUAUUGAUAUAAAUACAGAUGGUAUUGACUACUGCUUCUCAGAUGGUAUUGGAAAGAUAUCUCUCUCUUUUGCUAGACAAGUUGCACAAAAGUAUGGGGUAGACCACACUCCAUCUGCAUUUCAAAUACGUUAUGGUGGUUAUAAAGGUGUAAUAGCUGUAGACCGGAAUUCCUUCCGUAAGCUAUCUUUGCGUAGUAGCAUGCUUAAGUUUGAAUCCAAAAAUAGAAUGCUUAAUGUAACCAAGUGCUGUAAGUCCCAGGCAUGUUACUUGAACAGAGAGAUUGUCACUCUUUUAACCACCUUGGAAGUUAAGGACGAUGAUUUGGAAGCAUUAUUGCAGGACCACAUGCGCCUUCUGGGAAGUAUGCUCACAAGUAGAGAUGCAGCUUUAGCUGUGCUUGAGAGCACAGAUAUGGGUGACAGUAAAACUCUUUCUAAAAUGUUGCGUCAUGGUUAUGAACCAAAUGCAGAGCCUUACCUCUUAAUGAUGCUUCGAGCUUACCUGGAGAGCCAAUUGUCUGAUCUGAGAGGGAGAUGUCGCAUCUAUAUUCCGAAGGGCCGUGUUUUACUUGGAUGUUUGGAUGAGACAGGGAUUUUGAACUACGGCCAGGUGUUUGCCCGUAUAACCCUUAGGAAAACUGAACUUGAGAAUGUAGAUCCGAGUAUUUUCCACAAAGUGGAUGAGAAAACUGCAAUACUUACAGGGAAAGUGGUUGUCACCAAGAACCCUUGCUUGCACCCGGGUGAUGUCAGAGUGCUUGAGGCUGUUUAUGAAGUGGCCUUAGAGGAGAAGGGAUUAGUUGACUGCCUGGUCUUCCCACAGAAAGGAGAAAGGCCUCAUCCAAAUGAGUGCUCCGGUGGCGACUUAGAUGGCGAUCUAUAUUUCAUAAGCUGGGAUGAAAGACUGAUACCUCCAAAAACUGUUCCCCCCAUGGACUAUAGUGCGUCCAGGCCUCGGAUCAUGGAUCAUGACGUAACUCUGAAGGAGAUCCAACAAUUCUUUGUUGAUUAUAUGAUCAAUGACACACUUGGAACUAUCUCGACGGCACACUUGGUCCUUGCAGACCGUGAGCCUGAAAAAGCUCUCAGUCCUAAAUGUCUGCGCUUGGCUAACCUGCACUCAAUGGCGGUCGACUUUGCAAAGAGCGGUGCCCCAGCUGAAAUGCCUAGGGUUUUGAAACCGAAGGAGUAUCCUGAUUUUAUGGAGAGGUGGGAUAAACCUACUUACGUAUCCCAAGGGGUUCUAGGUAAACUUUACAGAGCCACUGUUGCUUCAACGAUUCCAAAAUCAGAUUUUAGUUGGUCGGAGGAAACUGCUCGAGCUGCUUAUGACCCUGACCUAGAAGUGCCUGGCUUUGAGACCUUCAUUGAUGCUGCAAAAAGCUGCAAGGAGUUGUACAGAGAUAAGAUGAGUGUAUUGCUGAUGUUCUAUGGAGCGAAUACUGAGGAUGAGAUUCUGACAGGUAACCUAAGGAGCAAGUCAGCAUAUUUGCAGAGAGAUAACAGGAGGUAUAGAGAGCUAACAGAUAGGAUAUUGGUUUCUGUAAAAAGUUUACAGAACGAAGCGAAAGGAUGGUUCGAGAAUAGCUGCAAAGUACAAGAUCGGCAAAAGAUGGCUUCAGCAUGGUACCGUGUUACUUAUCACCCAUCUCAUUGCCAUGACAGCCAGAAUUGCCUGGGUUUUCCUUGGACUGUGAGUGAUGUACUGCUUACCAUAAAAUCUGAUAACCGGAAACAAUCUUGAUCCCUUUUCCCGUCCUUUUAUCAUAAAGCCAUAGAAUUUCUGUAGGUUACCCUCUGUAUUUGGAAAUUCUGGUGGUUUUGUAGAUGGUCAUGAAGACAGGUAACUUGUUAAAAGCCUAAUUGCCCAUAAGGGUGCUAACCCUUUAACUUCCUCUAGUUGUUGGGCCAGAAAGUCAGGAAUCAUAAGUUUAUCUAGCUUAGUAUCACCUUGGUGAAAGAUCAAUAUGUAUAUCCAUGGAUGAUCGAUAAUCGGAAAUUACUUCUAAAA